AUGGAUGAAACUCAGGAACCUCUAGCCUUGACUGUGCAUCUCCUUGCCGACACUGGGAACGGCUUGCUUCUGCAGCAGGCUCUGGACCAACUCCUGGAUUGCAUCUGUCCAGAGGUGCGUCUCUUCCUGGUAUCUGAACGGGCCAGACCAGUGAAUUACCAGGAAAAGUACCACCCGCGGAGGGCCCGCUUCCCAGGGAUGUCUGUUUUGCUCUUUCUUCAGGAAAGCCUGGGACAGGAACGGUUGUUUCGAGUCUUGGACUUCCUACAGCGUUCACCCUGGCAGGGUUUCCCUACCCAGCAUGCACAGGGGAGGCCUUGUCCUUAUCUCCCUGCCAAUCAGGAAUUCUACAGUCUGCACAACCAGAUGCCUGUGUGGGGCAUGAGGCCGGUGCAUGGUGGCACUGAUAUCCUCAGGGUGACUCUGUACUGCAGUUUUGAUAACUACGAAGAUGCCAUCAGACUCUAUGAGAUGCUCCUACAGAGAGACGCCACUGUGCAAAAGAGUGACUUCUGUUUCUUUGUCCUCUAUGCCACAGAGGGCUUCAGCCUGCAGCUCUCUCUGAAGCAGCUGCCUCUGGGAAUGUCAGUAGACCCAAAAGAGUCUUCUGUGCUGCAGUUCAGGGUUCAAGAGAUCGGCCAGCUGGUGCCUCUUCUACCCAAUCCGUGUGUUCCCAUCAGCAGUACGAGAUGGCAGACUCAGGACUAUGAUGGCAACAAGAUUCUACUGCAGGUCCAGCCGAAGCCAGGACUUGGCAUUAAAAAUGGUGAGCAUUCCUUCCUGAAUGGCUGCUUGAGAGGUGACGCACAUCCGCAGGACUCCAGGUUGAGCUCCAUCUCCACACAGAGAACCUUGGAGCCAAGGAGCCGGAGGAGGAGCAGGAGCCGGAGGUUCAAAGUGCAGUCACUGGAGCUUCCACAGCCCAGUGGGACAUGGGAAAACUCUAGGGAUCCUUUGUGGAGAAGGUCUGGCUGGUCCACCCUGGCUGACAGCUCCUCUUCAGGCAUGCAGCAGCGCCGACUGUCUAUCCCUGUUGAACCCGAGAUGGGAAUGAAUACUCUUACAGAGAGAGGCUUUGAGAAGCUCGAGGCGGAGACAAACGUCGACACUGGCUUCACCAUCAUCAAUUCCGAGCCCAGGCGAUCUUUUCUCAGCAGAUUUCCCAGGGGUUUUCGGAGUAGCCAGCCGCCUCGCUGUUUGUCAGGCUCUUCCUUAGAGGUAACUACUUUCCCAAACCAAGGAGUCUUGAAGGAUAGACCCCGCCCUCUGUCACUUCCUGGUCAAAGGGACUUUGGUGCGAAGAAGGCCAUCUCAAAAUGUCCCCAUCAUCUGCCAGUCCAGGGUGAAGAGAAAGAAGAAUUCUUCAUAUAG